GGCAGGCCGGGCGCGCACGCUGCCAGGCUGUAUAGCCGCUCCCGCUACCGUCUGGACGGGAAGUGAGCGGCCCGGGCCCGCAGCGCCAGCGAGCCGGUGAGAGCGUCCCGCAGCCGCCCGCACCCGGUGCAAAGCAUGGCGGCCUCCAAGGUGGCUUUAACCAAGAGAGCAGAUCCAGCCGAGCUUAGAACAAUAUUUUUGAAGUAUGCAAACAUUGAAAAAAAUGGUGAAUUUUUCAUGUCUCCCAAUGACUUCGUCAUUCGAUAUUUGAAUAUUUUUGGAGGAAGCCAGCCUAAUCCAAAGACUGUGGAACUUUUAAGUGGUGUGGUGGAUCAGACCAAAGAUGGAUUAAUAUCCUUUCAAGAAUUUGUGGCAUUUGAAUCUGUCCUGUGUGCCCCAGAUGCUUUGUUCGUGGUGGCCUUCCAGCUGUUUGACAAAGCUGGCAAAGGAGAAGUUACUUUUGAGGACGUUAAGCAAGUUUUUGGACAGACCACAAUUCAUCAACAUAUUCCAUUUAACUGGGAUUCAGAAUUUGUGCAACUACACUUUGGAAAAGAAAGAAAAAGACACCUGACAUAUGCGGAAUUCACUCAGUUUUUACUGGAAAUACAAUUGGAGCAUGCGAAGCAAGCCUUUGUUCAAAGGGACAAUGCCAGGACCGGAAAAGUCACAGCCAUUGACUUCCGAGACAUCAUGGUCACCAUCCGCCCUCAUGUUUUGACACCUUUUGUAGAAGAAUGUCUAGUAGCUGCUGCUGGAGGUACCACGUCCCAUCAAGUUAGUUUCUCCUAUUUUAAUGGAUUUAAUUCACUCCUUAACAACAUGGAACUCAUUAGAAAGAUCUACAGCACUCUGGCUGGCAACAGGAAAGAUGUAGAGGUGACUAAGGAGGAGUUUGUUCUGGCAGCUCAGAAAUUUGGUCAGGUUACACCCAUGGAAGUUGACAUCUUGUUUCAGUUAGCAGAUUUAUAUGAGCCACGGGGACGUAUGACCUUAGCCGACAUUGAACGGAUCGCUCCUCUAGAAGAGGGAACUCUGCCCUUCAACUUGGCCGAGGCCCAGAGGCAGAAGAAGGCCUCAGUCGGUUCAUCUCGACCAAUUCUCCUACAAAUUGCAGAGUCAGCCUACAGGUUUGGUCUGGGUUCUGUUGCUGGAGCUGUUGGAGCCACCGCUGUGUACCCUAUCGAUCUGGUAAAAACUCGAAUGCAGAACCAGCGAUCCACUGGCUCUUUCGUGGGAGAACUUAUGUAUAAAAACAGCUUGGACUGUUUUAAGAAAGUGCUACGCUAUGAAGGCUUCUUUGGACUGUAUAGAGGUCUGUUGCCACAGUUAUUGGGAGUCGCCCCAGAGAAGGCCAUAAAACUUACAGUGAAUGAUUUUGUGAGGGAUAAAUUUACACGCAAAGAUGGCUCAGUCCCACUCGCAGCAGAAAUUCUUGCUGGAGGCUGUGCAGGAGCCUCCCAGGUGAUUUUCACAAAUCCUUUGGAAAUUGUCAAGAUCCGUUUGCAGGUGGCUGGAGAGAUCACCACUGGUCCCCGAGUCAGUGCUCUGUCUGUCCUAAGGGACCUGGGCUUCUUUGGGAUCUACAAGGGUGCCAAAGCAUGCUUUCUGCGGGACAUUCCUUUCUCGGCCAUCUACUUCCCAUGCUAUGCUCAUGUGAAGGCUUCCCUUGCAAAUGAAGAUGGGCAGAUUAGCCCCGGAAGCCUGCUCUUAGCUGGCGCCGUAGCCGGUGGUGAUGUUGGUGUAUGAGGCAGGGCUGUCCUUUCCUGGCUGCUCGGGGAGCCUCGUUGUAUGAGUAGCAGUGAGACCACUCUACCUAGAUCAGAAAAGCAUGAUCUCAAGACUCAACCAUAGAAUUCCCUGUUUUAAUCCCAGUUUGGCCAUUCACUCACUGUGUCCUUUAUAUGUCGUUUACAGAUGUAUAAACGAUAAUAUCUUUUGAACCAAAAGGGUAUGAUACAAUUUAUUUCCAGUUAUUUACUUGAAAUAAGGAAGGACCUACUGGGGAGAACUGACAUACCAUUUAGUAGUAUGUGACCUCAGGCAAGUUACUUAAGCUUCCCGGGCUUGGUUUCCUCAGCCAUAAAGGGAGAUGGUAAUUGUACUGACUGGAGAGAGUGGUUAUGAGGCUCUAGUGAGAGCACCCAUGUGGAGGACUUAGCCUGUAGCCUGGCAGAGAGUAAAUACGCAGUACAUGUUAGCCAUCAUUAUGUUGAAUCCAAGAGAAUCUGUCCAUUAAGUCACUCCAAAAAUCAAUUGCAACAUCAGAAGAUAAGUAUUAGAGCUCAGAUCAAAGUCUAGGACAUUCUCCAAGCUUUGUUUUCUUUGAACCACAAAAAUAUUGCCUUUAACUCUUCCCUUGGAGAAGAUAGCUACCCAGACAUAAUUUUUGUCUCUGGGUACACGUUUUCCUGGGUGAUCUGUGCUGCCAGAACUGUAGAAAUUACAAGUGGAUUUUUUUUUCUCUUUUAAAGUUUAUUGUCUUCUAUUUUUUGUAGGAUUAUGAAAAUAUUGACCAUUGUAAAAUAUUUGGAAAGUAUCAGAACACGUAAAUUAGAUAACAGCAUCCAUUAUUCCAUGACUCUAAGAUAAUCACCAUUUAAUAUUUUUGCUAAUUUCUCCCCCCCUUGGAUGGUUUUUAACAGAACUGUGAUCACAUUAUGGGUGUGUGCUUUUCACUUAGUAUCGUUUCGGAAGCAUUGUUCACCAUCACAGCAGAAUGGUUCAUGGCAUGUACUGUGGGGUCAGACUAUCUGGGUUCAAAUUCCAGUUUCCCUGCUGAGAACUGUGUGACCUGAAUGAGUUACUUAAUGCCUCUCGGCUUGUUUCUCCACCUCUAUAUGGAAAUAAGAAUAGUCUUAGUCUUGUAAGAUUAUUAUGAGGAUUAAGGGAAUUAAUGGAUAUAAAGAUCCAGGAAAGCACCCGGCACAUAAUAAGUAUUUUUAAAUGUUCAAUAAUAAUAUUAAUUUUCUUAUGUCAUUUAAAACUUUGUAAACAAAAUUUUUAAUUUGCUUCAUACUUACAUCAUCUUCAAUCUUAGAUAACAAACUUUUUUUUCAAAAAAAAUUUAAAUACAUGGUAUUGUUAAAAAAACAUCUUUGUGCAUAAGGCUUUCCCCCCACCUCCCCAUUCUGGAUUGUUUUCUUGGGAGAAAUAAAUUCUCUGAAGUGAGUUUGCUGGUUAAAAAAAAAAAAAAAAUUAUGAUUGUUUCUAAGGCAUUGCCAUGUCCUUCUUGAAAGUUUGAACUGCUUUACAUCGCAUUCUGCUAUUAUUUUAGCCCUCUAGCCAUCCUGUUGUCUUUCAGAGUUGUUUUCCACAUACCUUCUGUAUUAGUUAUUUGUUGCCACAUAACAGGUUACCCCAAACUUAGCAGUUUCAAACAACACAUGUUUAUUAUCCCAGUUUCUGUGGGUUGGGAGCAGCUUAUCUGGGGACCUGUAGCUCGAGUCUGUCAUGAGGUUGCAAUCCAGACGUCAGCCAGGGCUCCAGAAGGCCUGACUGGGGUCGGAGGACGCACUUUGAAGAUGGCUCAGUCACACGCACGGCAUUGGCAGGACGCACGGCAUUGGCAGGGCCGUCAGUUCCUUGCCACAGGGCCUCUCCAUAGGUCCUUGGAUGUCCUCGUGACACGGCGGCUGGCUUCCCCCAGAGCAGGACCAGAGAGAGAGAGGGAGGGGGGAGAGGGAGGGACAGGGCAGGAGAAGUUGGGGGCGGAAGGUGAGAAGGAGAGGAGGCAAAUAGAAGCUGCAGUGUCUUUACGACCAAGCCUUGUAAGUCGCACUCCUUCAUUUCCACACCAUCCUAUUAAGUCCUACUGAUGAGCCCUCCAUAACGUGCACGAAGUGGAUGCAGAGGCAGAGGUGUGAACACCAGGAGGUGAAGAUCACUGAGGCCCAUUUGGGAGCCAAUUGCUACGCUGACUAUAGAACGUUUACUUUCAUUUUACUGUCCAUCUUCCCCUUCCCUGUAAGACAGGAUAAUAUAAGACAGACUUUGUCAUUGGUUUUUUUCUUGAAAGGACAGGUAAGCCACAAAGCUUGAUGGUCUUUAUCUUCCACAAACCUGUAUAAACUAUGUAAUGAGAACUAAGCUACUUUCUUAAUUUCAUAACAGAUAUCAGAAGCCAAUGGCAACUGUCAUAACCUCCAUUCUCAUUAAAGUUAGGGAUGUUUCUGUUAUCCAGUUUUUUAGCCUUAUUUGGAGGUUCCAGUCAAUGUGGUAAAUAUGAAAAGGAAGUAAGAGGCAUACAUAUUAGAAAAGAAGAAAUGAAUCUAUCAUUAUUUGAAAAUGAUUGUUUGCCUGAAAAUCCAAAUUAAAAUGCCUAAAAAUGUAUCAGAAUUAAUAAGGAAGAUUAGUAAUGUUUUUCUUUUUUUUUUUUUUAGUAAGAUAAACAUAAAAAUCUAUAUCCAGUGAUAAGCAGUUAACUGAUGUCCUGGGAGGAAGCAGGGCCACCAUCUGCUGAGUGUAGAGCCUUGCAGGUGUACUCGGCCAGGGAGCUGAAUUCAGUAUGGAAAGGGCAAGAAGACUGCAGUCAGAAGUGUGCCCAGUGCAACACCAACAAGAAGGGCAGUGAGCACAAAAUGCACCACACGUGUGUGGGCUGUUGGUUGCAAGCCAGAUCAGACCCCCAUGUUCCUCUGGUGGAUACCAGGGGAAGAAAGGCAUUUCCUCAGGAGAGGACACAGUGAUGGGGUGGGUAUGCACAGAAGCCCAGGAAGUAGGUCCCAGGGCCAGAGUGAUCUUUGUUGUCAUUAAGAGAAAGGAGAAAAGCUGAUCUCAAAAUAAGCUAUGAGGAACAGUAAUUGACCACUAACUUAUUUAUUAUAAGAAAUGUCUUAAUGCUAUUUUUAUAUGUUAUAUAAAAUACACAUU